GUAAAGAGGCUGAUAAAACUGGUAAAAUUAAAAUUGGGAGGCUUACUGAAGUUGCACACAUAUUAAUUCCUGCAUUUCUAGAGAAACAGAAUCACAGCGAGCUUUCUUGGAUGGCAUUCGCAAGUGGACAUUGGACUAAAAAGGAAGUGAAUGGAAAUCCUCCAACUCCUAGACAUGGACAUGCAUUGGUAAUGGCUGGAAAUAUAGCAUUUAUAUUUGGGGGCUGCUCCUUUUAUAAUACUUCUGAUGAUCAACCAACAUAUUUCAAUGACUUCUACAUGUUGACAAUUACUCUAACUGAUUUGACGUGGGAAAGGAUACCACAGGAUGGACACAUUCCAUGCCCACGACAAGGGCAUUCACUUAGUGUAGUAAAAGGCAAGAUAUAUUUAUUUGGAGGUUGUUCAAGCCAGAAUGCUGAGUAUUGCCUUCCAGGAGUCUAUGUCUUUGAUCUUGAUUCUCUAACCUGGCAGAAAAUCACAACCAGUGGUCUUGCUCCUCAAACUCUUGAACACAGUUCAGCUGCAGUAGGCGAAAACAUCUUUGUGUAUGGUGGCACGGAAGAUGGUAACGCAGUGAGUGAUCUCUAUACAUUCAAUACAGUGUCUCACUGUUGGACUCCAGUGAAAACCUUUGGUUCAGACCCUCGUGCCAGGUCAGGCCAUGCUUUUGCUGCCAUUGGAGAAAUCAUCUAUAUGUUUGGCGGUCGUUCCAAUGAAGAUGAAUAUUAUACCGAUGUGUACGCACUGGACACAGUAUCUUUAAUGUGGCAAAAGUGUGAAGUAAAGGGAGAAAAGCCUUUUGGAAGAUCACAUCAUACAUUUACAGCACACAGUGAUAAGGACAUUUAUCUGUUUGGAGGAACUUUUGAGUUCAAAGAUGGCAAAACCAUUUCGAAGAAUGAUAUUGUGAAAUUAAGUUUAGCUCGAAUGAAGUGGAAGAAGCCACUUUACAUAGGAAUCCCUCCAGCUUGCAGAUGGAAUCAUGUUGCAUUUAUUCUCCAUAAUCAACUCUAUAUUUUUGGCGGAAUUAAUGGGAAAGACUUCAAUGACCUUAUGGGAAUGAAACUGAUAAAUCCUUCAGAGAGACAACUUUUUAUGAAAGAGAUUUUUUCAGAACUGGGAAUCCAAGGAAUAAGCAGCAGUUUCACAGCCACCAAAAUUCCUAAGGUGAAAUAUGAAUUGACAGAAUAUUCUUUGCUGCCUGCAUCAGUUUCGCCACCAGCUUCAGCUACAAUAGAAGAGCUCCAGGAUUUCCAUUCUAUAUGUAACCAAGCAAUCAAAAUGAUUACAAAGGCUUUCGGAUUAUUGGAUUCUGAAUUUCAAAAACUUAACAUGAUAAAAGCUGAACUAGCUCAGGCAACCAAGGCUUUUCAGCAUGAAAAAGAUCAAUAUGACAAAAAUCUGAAAAACCAGCAGAAGGAACUACAAGUGAUGCUAGAAAAACACAAAGUCCAAAACGAAGCAUGGCUCAAAGCCAGAGCUGAGGAGAAUGACAAGGAAAAGGAGGAACUCUUCAAACUGAGACUACUGAGCAGCAGUUGCAUCUCAGAAAAAUACAGCUCCCAUGGAGCUAACUUACAAAAGAACUCAAAAUCAUCAGAACAGAUCUUGAAGCAAUUCUUCAAGAUCAGGAAAGGCUGAGAGACGAGCAGCAAAGUGUUCAGGAGUGCAAUCAGCAGCUCAUUUCUGUAAUGCAACAACUCAAAGGAAUGUG